CGGGCAGCCCCGCCCCUCCCGCCGAGGCGCGGGCGCUGCUGGCGCCAUCUUUCCCGGCUGCGGGAGGGGUCACAGGUCAGUGCCGGAGCCUCGCCGCGAGUGAGGAGGACGAAGUGGGCGACCCGACCCGGCCGAGGCCUUCGCGUUCCGACGGGUGCCUUUUCCUCGGGGCAGCCCAGGAUUCUCCAAGAGGACAAUGGAUUCUGGAACUCGCCCAGUUGGUAGCUGUAGCAGCCCUGCAGGGCUGUCACGGGAAUACAAGCUAGUGAUGCUGGGUGCUGGCGGUGUAGGGAAAAGCGCCAUGACCAUGCAGUUCAUCAGCCACCGAUUUCCAGAAGAUCACGAUCCCACCAUUGAAGAUGCUUAUAAAAUCCGGAUCCGUAUUGAUGAUGAGCCUGCCAAUCUGGACAUUUUGGAUACGGCUGGACAGGCAGAGUUCACAGCUAUGCGGGAUCAGUACAUGAGGGCAGGAGAAGGGUUUAUCAUCUGUUACUCUAUCACCGAUCGUCGAAGUUUCCAUGAAGUUCGGGAGUUUAAACAGCUUAUUUAUCGAGUUCGACGUACUGAUGAUACCCCUGUGGUUCUUGUGGGAAACAAGUCUGACCUAAAGCAGCUAAGACAGGUCACCAAGGAAGAAGGAUCGGCCUUAGCCCGAGAAUUCAGCUGCCCCUUUUUUGAGACAUCUGCUGCAUACCGCUACUACAUUGAUGAUGUAUUCCAUGCCCUUGUACGGGAGAUACGUAGGAAAGAAAAGGAGGCAGUACUGGCCAUGGAGAAAAAAUCUAAACCCAAAAACAGUGUAUGGAAGAGGCUAAAAUCACCAUUCCGGAAGAAGAAAGAUUCAGUAACUUGAAGGGAAGAUGUGACAUGUUUAUCUGUGAACUGCAGUGCUUAAUCAGAGCAGUCCAGUAAUCUGCAUUAGUGAGCAUGGUGCUUGUUCUUUCUCCUGUUAUGACCGUUAUUUUAAAAGUAACUGAUGAAGGGGACAUGCCCACUAGGAGUUUUCAAUGAUGUGGUAUUUAAAAUGUUGUCUUUUUAGCUAAUUCUGAUUUUAUUAACCCAGUGGAGCACUGUCUACUUUUAAAUUGUCACAUUAGAAUUUGAUUUACCAAUGUUUUGGGUUCUGUUGCUGAUACUAAUUAAUUAAUGUAAAUUUUUUAUACCCGGGGAAUACGCACCUCAUAUGUGUUUGACUAAGCUCACAAGAGGAAUUUUUUGCCAUCCACUUUUCUGCAUUCUCUUUCAACCGCGAUUUCCUGGGACUAUCCCAGGGAAGGACUUCAGUCUUUUCUGUUCAUGCUGUGCUUCCUAGAGACAACAAAAAUCAUAUCGGGAAAUCGGUUCUAAAGAGAUCAGUGUUAAAGUUCAGAAAAUACCUAUGGAACUGACUCCUGUUGCAGAUUAUGGAGUGAUGAGAUUGGGGAAAUCAGGCUGUUCGUUUUUGCAGGAACUUGGCUAGAAAAAGUUAGGAUCAGAACAGUGCUCCUCAGAGGAGCCUGUCUUUUCUAAGAGGGACACACGUGACCCAAAUGCGCUGGGAUGGAUGAGAACAAACAUAUAAAAUGUAACGAAGGUUUCUCCUACAGGGUUAUUUUACUCUUCCUUUCAGGGUUUUGCCUCUCUUUACCUUCGGAGGUAAGCACUUUGGGAACCAUUACUGGAUCACUAAACUUUUGUUUAAUCUAAGACCUUGGUUGGGCAGCCAUUGUCUUGUACAGGUUUAUUUUUUCCCCAGAGUUGCAACACCAAUACAUUUACAUUAAUUGCUUCCUAGUGCUUUCCCUUAGCUUCCCUGUGCUCUCUAGAAGAGCUAGGCCUGGCAGAAUGUUUUUUAGGACCUUCGUCAGACUGACUGCCUUUUCCAUACGGAAGAGACAUCAGGAGUUAGUAAAAUUGUAUAUGUGCCUCCUUGACAUAGACAAUCACUAGACUCAGUGUUCCAAGAGAGCCUGUGGCAUUUCUGUUUAAUGAGCCAGUCUUGAAACUUUAAAAUUCCCAUAUGUUGGUUGAGUUUCUCAUUGAAGAUUUCUUUACAAGGACCUUGCUAAGUUCACCUCAGGGUUUUGUUGGGCCUUGACAAAGCUUAGCCUAAGAGAACACCACUUUGAUAACUGCAUAGUUGAGAAAUUAUCUUCUUGGGAAGAAUCAGCUUUAAAUACUGGUGGUGAGUUUUUUCUUUCAGAAUCAGGAUUAUUUUGAUACCUGAACUUGUUGUGUGGAGAUUAAGCACAAAAGUGCUGAGAGUAAUGUGGCAUAUGUUGAACAUUAAAUGUUACUGAAGCACUGUUUGUGACCACUUUAAACUCUAAGAACAUGACUUUGUGUAGCACCUCUUAAAAAGCACACAGCUCAACUCACUGUUUUCCAGUUUUAUUACAGGCAGAGGACAGGGUUGUGUUUUUCCUUCCAGUCAAUGGUGUAUGUUCUAGGUUUAAAGAAAAGUGAUGGUUGUAACUUUUUUUAGCUGAGUAGUGAUCCCUUUUGAAACUUCUGGAAAUGUUUUUGCUACCAAAUAAAUCAUGUUUUAUGGUACUCAAGCCAUCUAAAAGUGAAAGAUGCAGAAUUUGAAUCUAUGUAGGACAGAAAUCUUACAGGAAUCAUAGCACUUUGGAGAAGCGUGAAGUUAGAAAAGAAGUACAGUGCAAUUCUAUUUUAACAGUAUUUCACCACAUUUAAACUAGCUUAGAGCCUAUUAGGUUUAAUGCCUUAGCUUCUCAUUACUAAGACUUAGGAAAUCGUUAGUAGCAUCAAGCAAGAAGUUGACAGCUCUGUAAUUAUUAAGGAUAGUCAAGGCAGUAGAGAAUGUUGCCAGAGAAAAAAAAAUAUAUAUAUAAGACAGGAGGGACUCUGUAUUGUAUAUAAGAAAAAUAACAAGUGAGUGUUUUUAAGUAUAUUACUGUCAUAUAUUUGAUUAUUGGAUUAAUUAGCCCAUCAAUUAAUAUUGAAAAUUCUAUCCAUGGUGCUAAAUAGUUUGAGGGGUAUAAUAUGUGUAAGUCAUAGCUCUAUUCUUAGUGAUUGUAUAGUGUAAAUAAUUUAUAAGCUCUAAAUAGUCAGCUUUAUCUAAUUUGAGGGCAUUAAAAUCAAUUACUGCCUGGAACUUUGAGGAGAGAAAAAUUCAGGGACAAGUUAAAAAGCACUGGAACUGUUCAUGGCCAUACCAGAUUGGUAAGUUACAAAAUUUGGAAGUUGGUGUCUAGAAUUAAGUGUUUAGAAUUCAAAAGGGGAUAUAUGUUUUAACUUUGUGAUAUAUUAGCAAGAAUUGGUCUACUGUAAUGUUUGGGGAGGAGAGGGGAGAAAAAAGUUUUUCACUUAUGCACUUGUAUUUGAAGACAAUUUGUACGACACAAUACAAAACUUUUAAACAGUU